CACGUAUUCUGUGUAUUAUGUCAUAGACACACACACGUCAAAUAUAGUUACCUUCCAUUAUAGACAAGUCUAUGAUCUUUUAGUCCCUUUUCUCAACAGCGUUACGACGUUCCCGUUAAUACAUUAAAAUGGCGAAUCCAAUUUCGAAAAAACGAAAGUUCGUUGGAGACGGCGUCUUCAAAGCUGAAUUGAAUGAGUUCUUAACUCGUGAAUUGUCUGAAGAUGGAUACUCUGGCGUCGAAGUCAGAGUUACUCCUCUCAAGACUGAGAUCAUUAUUAUGGCUACCAGAACCGACAGAGUUCUUGGAGACAAAAACAGAAGAAUUCGGGAGUUAACAUCAGUCGUUCAAAAAAGGUUCAACUUCGCCGAAGGAGCUGUUGUACUUUAUGUUGAAAAGGUUGCCGUUAGAGGAUUAUGCGCCAUAGCACAAGCAGAAUCCCUUAGAUUCAAACUCAUUGGUGGUUUGGCAGUUCGAAGGGCUUGUUAUGGUGUUCUUCGUUACAUUAUGGAAUGUGGGGCUCAAGGAUGUGAAGUUGUGGUUUCCGGAAAAUUGAGGGGACAGCGUGCGAAAAGCAUGAAAUUCGUAGAUGGACUGAUGGUGCAUUCGGGAGACCCAUGCAAUGACUAUGUUGACACAGCGACUCGUCACGUACUUCUCAGACAAGGUGUAUUGGGAAUUAAGGUAAAAAUUAUGCUUCCUUGGGAUCCUACUGGCAAGAACGGACCUAAGAAACAGUUGCCCGACAACGUUAACGUUGUUGAGCCUAAAGAAGAGGUAUUACCAGCAAGUCCCAGCAGUGAAAUUAAACCUGCUGUACCUACCUUACCUGCUGUAGGAGCUCUAGGAGAGAUGUAAUUAUUUUAUAUUAAAAAAAUAAAAAUU